AUGAGUUCCGCAGAUAACAUUCCAAUAAAAAUUGUUUUGCUAGGGCAGAGCUCAGUUGGAAAAACAUGCAUUGCUUCUAGAUUUGUUAAAUCAUCCUUUCUACCAAACGCAGUUCCUACAGUUGGUGCUUCAUAUCUUACAAAAACAAUUUCGUUUGAGAAACAGGUUUAUGAAUUAAAUAUUUGGGAUACAGCAGGACAAGAACUUUAUAGGAGCCUUACUCCAAUGUAUUAUAGAAAUUGUCAUGCGGCUAUUGUCGUUUUUGACAUUACCAACAGACAAAGCUUUGCAUCUGCUUCUGAUUGGAUUAGUGAAGUCCGUGCUACUGGUGAAAAGCCUUUACUUGUUUUAGUCGGAAAUAAAAUUGACUUAAAUCAGAAUCGACAAGUUAAUGAUACAGAUGGUCAAGAGCUUGCAGAUCAACUUGAAUGUUUAUACAUAGAAACAAGUGCUCUUUCAGGCAUAGGUAUAGAACUUCUAUUUCAGAACAUUAUUAAAGGCCUAAACGAAAAUCCGACAUUAAAAUCUCGACUUGUAUCAUAUAGUAAGUCAGGUCAGCUGCCUGAUGAUUUCCAAGAAGAAAAAAAAUCUUGUUGUUAA